ACUAUUUAAAAUCUAAAAUUCCUAUAUUCAUUUAGGAUAAUACAAAGGAUUGUGUUUAGAAUUUGAUGAAAGUAUGAAUGAUCUAAUAAGAAUUACUUACAUAUGUAUCUGAGACAAAGACCAUUGACCAUUUUUCAUUGAAAAAAUUAAUUGUGGAUAUGGAAAGAGAACGAUUGGGAUCAUCAUUAACAAUAACUAGAGCACUACAAUAAUUAAGUAAGAUAAGAGAGAAUGAUAAUAAUUAUUAAUAAUCUAUAUUAGCCAUAGCUGCAAGACAUAAUUUAUGUUAAGCAAUUCCAAUGAAAAUAUAAUUAAGCAAAAUAACAUCUUAAAAUUUAGUACCUGAUUUUUUAUUAUAUUUGGCUUUGACUGAGAAUAAUGGAUUAGUUGAAUUUUGUAAAAAGUAAGUAAUAAAACAUAGAAAAAUGUAUUAUUAUUUAUAAUACAUGUUACCUCAUGAAAGCAAUUAUAAAAAAGAUAAAUAUAUUUUAUAGGAAUCUAUUAUGUAGAAAUAAUUCGAAAAGAAUUUGAAUGAAGAAUAUUUAAAAGAAUAUGAGGUUGGAUUAUAUCAUUGUGAUUUCUAUUUACCAAAAUCUAAUACAAUAAUAGAAGUGAAUGGAUAUAAACAUUAUAUUCAUUUUAAAGAGAGAAAGACUGGUAAUUAUCAAUAGAAAUAUAAUUAUCUAAUAAAAAAAGGAUAUAAUGUUAAAGAAAUAGAUAAUAAUAAUUAACAUAUAUGA